CGCCGCCUUUCUCUCCGACGGUGAAAAAGCCCAGGGUUUCCGACUGCCACUCCAGUCUGCCGUAGAGUGCAGAUCAUACAACUUCACAUUUCAAAGUCGCACCAUGGAGAAGGCGGACUCUAUGGCCACCGUCAACAUCAAGGAGUUCCCCGACAAUGUCUCCUACACCACAGAAGCGCCUCCCGCGUACAAACAACCUCGUGCAGCCGCAGUGCAAAUCACAAAGAUUAUUGCAGUCACAGUGAUUGUGGCCUCGGCGAUCAUCGGAGGCUGCAUCCUCGCCUCGGCCUGGAUCCAGAGCCGCGCCACCUGCGAACUUCUGAUGAUGGAGCAGCAACUCCAACAGGCCCAGCAGCAAAUGAUGGCAGACAACCCUUCGUACCAAGCUCUUGUGCAGGACAACGCCGCCGAGGAGUCCAAAGAGUCGUCAACAACCACAGAACGCGCCUCUGAAGAGCAAAAUAACUCGCAGCAACUCCCCGCCAAUAGACCCAACAGACUUCCUCUGCAGUUGGACUUUGACGAGUUGGCUGGGGCGUUGAUGGACAACAACCAGAGAGCACACAUGAACUGCGUAGUUGAGAAACGCCGCUCCGAGGAGCUUGUGGACCACGCACCGAGGGAAGUGAGCCUCCCCUUCGGGCUCAACCUGACUACCCCACCCAGGCUGGAGCAUCUCACCGGCGAAAAAAUGGUCAUCUCGUGUGAAAGUGGUCGUGCCCAGGAAAGGCACAUGCCUCCCCCUCCUCCUCCCCCACAGGCUGCUUCUGUGCCGCUGAUGAUUCCUCUGCCCGGUGGUCCCAUUCACCUUCCAAUGCCUUUUGCCCAGCACAUCAACAACCAGCAAAACAACGAUCUGGGUGACUCUCACCCUAUGGAACACAUUGAAAUGAUCGUUGCCCACCCAAUGAUGGACCAUCCCCAACCUCACCAUCCCCGUGGACAGCCCCAGAUGAGAGAGAUGCGUAUGGCCAUUCUCCCAGACGAGCCCAUUCCUCAAGAGUCGAUGAGACCUCACUAUGUCCAGCCGAGGUCUGUUCCUAGCCAACCCGACUUCCUGAAGAGAACAAAGCGUUGUGCUUGUGACUGCAACUGUUAAAUAUUAAUCGCACAUAUUUUUUUCUCUUUAAAAGUAACAAUAUCCAGGCCAGAUCUUUCAAAGUUUGAUUUUUAUAAAUAGAGUGCUGUAAAUGAUUAACUACGAAAUAAUUUUGCUUUUAUUUCUGAGGCUAAUUUAAGUUUUGACAAGCAUUUCCCCAUGUGAUUUGAAAGAAUAUGGCAAAAGUACUGAAGUGUCUGUAUUACCUGAAAAUAAAACAAAAAUCUGGGAUACAAA